AUGUUCGCAGUACCAGGAUGGUCACUUUCUGCGACCCCCAAGCGCGAGAAUCAGACCCCCAAUCCAGCAAAAGAAUCUAAGAACGAGAAGAACAACAAGCGCAAGCGUGGCAAUGACAGUAUCACCCGUGGCAAUGUUGAUGAGAUGUAUCGCAAGCACAUCGAGGGUCGUAAGCCCAGGCCCGGUGCGAAGAAGGCAGGAAAGCCGCAGACGAAGGAAAAGCAGGUCGAGAAGGAGACUCCAGUAACUGAAAAUGUGACAAAGGAGACUCCUGCACCAGCUGCUCUUGCACCGGCUGCUCAAGAGGAUGAAAACGCCCCCAAGAAGAAGCAAAAGAGGAACAGGAAGAACAAGGACCAAAACGGUCAAUCCGACCAGGCCCAGGAAGACAAGACCGGCUCGACACCCGCUGCCGCUACUGGCACCUCCGUAGAAGCCAUCACUGCCGCACCCCCGACAACCACUGCAACCUUGACACCGCUCCAGCAAGCUAUGCGUCAGAAGCUUAUUUCCUCCCGCUUCCGCCAUUUGAACGAGACACUAUACACCACAGAUUCGUCGAAAGCCGUUGAGCUCUUCAACGCCAACCCCGAACUCUUCGACGAAUACCAUGCAGGUUUCGCUCGCCAAGUCAAGGAAUCCUGGCCCUCGAACCCGGUCGAUGGAUAUAUUCAGUUUGUUCGUCGCCGUGCUGCCGUUCCCAUGGCUAGGAGAGGAAGCAAGCCGAACCCCGACAAGCCACUCCCUCUCCCUCGCAGACCUAGUGGGUUGUGUGCUAUUGCGGAUCUCGGAUGUGGUGAUGCUGGUCUCGCGCGGGCCUUGACCCCCUCGGCCAAGAAAUUGAAGCUUAAGCUUAACAGCUACGAUCUUCAAGCCCCCGACCCUCUUAUCACCAAGGCCGAUAUCUCCAAGUUGCCUAUUGAAGACGGAUCUAUGGAUGUUACAAUCUUCUGUCUAAGUCUGAUGGGAACUAACUGGGUUUCCUUUGUGGAAGAGGCCUGGCGAGUUCUACGUGGUGAUGGAAAGGGAGAAUGCUGGGUUAGUGAGGUUAAGAGCCGGUUCGGCAAAGUGGCCCGCAAAAAGUCGAUGAUUGGAGCCCAGAAGCCCACUCUUAGCAAGACCCAGCAAAAGAAGCAGAAGAAGAAGGCUGGUGAGGAGGAUGAUGAGGAUGACGCUGAUAUAUUUGCUGAGGAUGCUCGUCCUGCCGAUAACAACGAUGAGACGGAUAUCACUGCCUUUGUGGAGGUGUUCCGUACCCGUGGAUUUGUGCUCAAGCAGGAGUCGGUGGACAAGUCCAACAAGAUGUUUGUGAAGAUGGAGUUUGUGAAGGCGGGUGGAGCCCCAACCAAGGGCAAGCAUGCCUCUUCGGGUGCUGCUCCUGCAGCUGGGAAGAAGCGAUUUGUGGAUCGCAAGCCCGAUGCUGGCAGUGGCAUGACUCCUGAGCAAGAAGCCCAGGUGCUCAAGCCUUGUGUAUACAAGAUUCGGUAG